AUGGAGAGCAGUCGCAGUAGCAGGGCGAAGGGAAAAACAUUGAUGGAAGUUGGAGCUGAUGGAGUGGCCAUCAUAACCAUCAACAACCCACCUCUCAAUUUGCUUUCUGUUGAUGUUAUGCUCAGCUUGAAGGAGAGCACUGAGGAAGCUCUGCAAAGAAAUGAUGUGAAAGCAAUAGUUAUUACUGGUAGACUCAAAUAA